GCAGGCAUCUUGGUCAAUCACGAGGCUGCAUUUGGAACUUUGAGCACAUCUUCAAUAUUGACAACAGCCGGCCACCUAGUCGAGAAGUAUUCAGGUGAAGGAGCUUUUGUAGCGAUAUGUUUCCAUCUGUUUUUCUAGUUCCUAUGUCUUACUGUCUGCUGUCUUAUUUUAAGAUGUUGAUAUGUUGUGGUUGUACUCUCUAUGAAAAGAUAUACUCUACAAUCAACUUGAUCUCGUCAUGGAUAGAACAUGGAUUAACAGUGACUCUAGGCACACCAAGGCAUAUUUGCAAAGCGUGAACAAUUUUCUAGCUUUUGCAUUUAAAAAUUCAGCAGUAGGCAGCAAGAUAUUAUGCCCUUGUAGAAAGUGUGUGAACUCAUUUUGGAGAGAGGCAAGUGAUGUACGUGAGCACUUGAUAUGUGAUGGUUUUCUAGAGGGGUAUACAAUAUGGAAUUUACAUGGAGAACCUACCCCUUCCGUGAAUCAUGGGAAUUUUGAUGAUGCUGAGCUUAUGGAGGACUGUAAUGAGGAUGAUGACAUAUCUGGUAUGCUUAGAGACUUAGCUGCUGGUUUAGAUGAUAGAGGAGAUUUUGAGGACAACAGUUCUAUUUUGGAACCUUGUGUUGAGCUACUUGCCAUUCAAAAGUUGGUAGAUGAGAAUAGCAAAGAGUUGUACCCUAAUUGCAAGAAAUAUACACAACUUCGUUUCCUCGUUAGACUUUUGCACCUCAAACUCCUUGGAGGAUGGACUGAUAGAUCUUUUAAUCUACUAUUAGAUCUACUUAAUGAUGCACUUCCUGAGGGUUCAUCACUACCUAGAAAUUUUCAUGAAGCUAAGAAAUUGGUUAAAUCUAUAGGAAUUGGGUAUAUUAGUAUUCAUGCUUGUGAAAAUGAUUGCAUUCUCUAUUGGAAGGAUAAUUCAGAUUUGAAUACAUGCCCAAAGUGUAAGGUUUCACGGUGGAAAUCAGUAAGGAAGAGUCUAGAUGGCAGACAUACAUAUAAGGUGCCUCGAAAGGUUCUUCGUUACUUUCCAAUUAAGAAAUGCCUACAAAGGUUAUUUCUAUCCUCCAAAACAGCAAGUCUAACUAGAUGGCACGAUGAAGGCCGAAGAAAAGAUGGCCUUCUAAGGCAUCCUGCAGAUUCACCAUUAUGGCAGGACUUUAAUGACAAAAAUCAAGAGUUUGCUGCAGAUAGCAGGAAUAUCCGCCUAGCAUUUGCCACCGAUGGUUUUAACCCAUUUAGAAGCAUGAAUAUUAGCUACAGUGUUUGGCCUGGUAUUUGCAUUCCCUACAAUUUUCCACCUUCAAUGUGCAUGAAACAAUCCAAUUUCAUCCUUUCCUUGCUUAUUCCUAGUAGAUAUGGCCCUGGUAGCGAUAUGGAUGUAUAUUAUCAGCCACUUGUUUAUGAUUUGUUGGAUAUGUUUGAGAAUGGAGUUAGAACCUAUGAUGCUUCCAAGGGUGAGUACUUUCAGUUGCGUGCAGCGGUAUUGUGGACCAUUACUGAUUUUCCAGGUCUAGGAUAUGCUUCUGGGUGUGUCACAGCAGGUGUAGUAGCUUGUCCUGAUUGUCACUCCAGUACAUGUUCAAUACAACUUGGUAAUGGUAGCAAGACUUGCUAUAUGGGGCAUCGUAGAUUCUUGCAUGCAAACCACCCAUUCAGAUUUGAUGUUGAUAAAUUUGGUGGAACUGAGAUUAGGUCAGCACCUACUCCACUUACGGGAGAUGAAAUUUUGGACUGCACUAAGGAUCUUAAUACAAUUUUUGGUAAGGAUCCAUCUGGAAAGAAACCAACAAGCAAGAAACGCAAGGAAGGGGAGCCAUUAGUCAUUUUCAAAAGGAGAUCCAUUUGGUUCAUACUUCCAUAUUGGAAAGAUUUAAUGUUGCGGCAUAAUUUUGACUUCAUGCACAUAGGAAAAAAUGUAAGUGAAAGCUUAGUUAAAACAUUCUUGGGUACUGCUAGUAAAUCUAAGGAUAAUUUGAAUUCUCGCUUGGACAUUCAAGCUCUAGGGAUUAGAACUGAUCUUCACCCAGUUGAAGUGGAAGGCCAACUUUAUUUACCACCCGCACCAUACUCAAUGAGUCCUGAUGAGAGGAAAUUAUUUUGCCAAGUACUAAAAGGGGUGAAGUUUCCUGAUGGGUAUGCAGCUGAUAUACGGCAUAAUAUACAUGUUAAUGAAAGAAAGAUAUUUGGGCUUAAGAGUCAUGAGAGCCACAUUAUUUUACAACACUUGCUGCCACUUGCUGUGAGAAAGAUACUGCCUGAAAUAGUUAGUGCUGCAAAUAAGUGA